AUGGCGACGAGACAAGUUCUUCAUCAACAAGUUAGAGGUGAUCCCGUCGACGUGAAAAACGCAGCAGCGAAGAAUCGUCGUGCUCUUGGCGACAUCGGAAACAUCGCUUCUAUUGCCGGAGUCCAUGGAGUAAAGCCACUUCAGCCACCGGCUAAUCGCCCCUUUACUCGUAACUUUCGUUCUCAAUUACUAGAAAACGCACAAGUUGGAGCCGCCGCUAAUAAAAAGAAAAUCAAUGUGGACAAGGCUUCUUCAGUUGUUGAUCUUACCAAGAAACAAGAAGGUGUAAAGGUGGAUCAAAAGAAACCAAGAGCUGUUGUUAAACGGCAGCCAUUAAAACCUAUUGAGGUGAUUGUGAUCAGUCCUGAUACUAACGAGGUUGUAAAAGCUAAAGAGAAGAAGCAAAACGAUGCAGCUCUCAAGAAGAAAGUUACAUACUCUUCGGUUCUUGAUGCUCGAAGCAAGGCUGCUUCUUCUAAGACACUGGAUAUAGACUCUGUUGACAAAGACAAUGACCUUGCUGCUCCGGAGUAUGUUGAAGACAUGUACACUUUCUACAAAGAAGUUGAGAAUGAGAGCAAGCCUCAAAUGUAUAUGCAUACACAGCCUGAGAUUAAUGAGAAGAUGAGAUCUAUCCUUAUAGAUUGGCUUGUAGAAGUUCAUAUCAAGUUUGAUCUGUCCCCUGAGACUCUCUACCUCACCAUCAAUCUAAUUGAUCGUUUCUUGUCUCUGAAAACUGUGCCUAGAAGAGAACUACAGCUUCUUGGUGUUAGUGCUUUGCUCAUAGCUUCUAAAUACGAAGAAAUCUGGCCUCCUCAGGUCAAUGAUUUGGUAUAUGUCACAGACAACUCAUACACCAACAAGCAGAUUCUAGUGAUGGAGAAAACCAUAUUGGGAAGUCUGGAAUGGUACUUGACAGUUCCAACACAGUAUGUGUUCCUUGUGAGGUUCAUCAAAGCCUCGAUUCCUGACCCGGAAAUGGAGAACAUGGUUCACUUCUUAGCUGAGUUGGGUUUGAUGCAUCACGACACUUUAAUGUUCUGUCCUUCAAUGCUCGCUGCUUCAGCAGUCUACACCGCGAGAUGCUUCUUGAACAGGACCCCUGCUUGGACUGAUACUCUGAAAUUCCACACCGGCUACUCUGAAUUUGAGCUCAUGAACUCUUCGAAGCUUUUAGCUUUCAUUCACUCGAGAGCUGGGGAGAGCAAGCUACGCGCAGUGUUGAAGAAGUAUUCGAAGCCCGAGAGAAGUGCCGUUGCUUUGGUGUCACCAGCCAAGUCUCUAUUGUCUCCUCCUUGA